AUGACUCGCUUCUCUGAAGUUUCGCGUCGUUUUUACGUUUUACAUUCAGUUGUUCCGUUCGAAGAAGAUACAACACAUGAAUUUAAAGGUCACAGGAAUAUUUCAAUAGAGGAAAUCCCGCAUUGGUGUUUUAUUCCUGGGACAGACAGGCGAUCCAGAAAAGCUGUCUCAAGGUGAGCUAAGAUUUUUAGCGUUCAGGAAAAAUGACUGGGGUUUUAAUAUUGCUAUUUCUGACAUUUUAAACUUUGAAGAGAUAACUAUUAAAAUUGGAGAAAAAAAAUGUAGCUGCCGUAUGCACACGUGAUCAUUCGGUAGAAGACAAUUUGCAAGUAGAUGGGAAAUAUGGACUGUCACGUGAUCGUCAAACACAAUGAAAGUUCAAGCACGUUAUUCCAAACUUGCCGCGGUACUACUUUCCUUUUAUAUUUAUGAUAAUAAUCCCGCUUUGCCUCGAUUGCACUUGCAAAAGUUUCAAUUUUUUAAAAAAAGAUAAUUUCACCUUGAAACGAGGCAUCGAGGAUCAAUUACCAUAAAGACAAAACAAUAACAAAAUUUGCCGUCAUUUACCAAAGAUCAAUAGGACUGAGUCAAACAAGCUGGGUUAGGAAAGAGCAAAAAACAACAACAACAACAACAACAACAAAAACAUGUAAAGUUGACCCAAAAAAUUCCAAUAAAAAUCUUGUUCUUGAACAUACAUGCACUAUACUUCCAUCCAACUACCUGGUAGUCAUGCAGAAGCUUAGUUCAUGUACUUCUUCAUUUAAACUCAUCGCUAAUGAUGAGCUUGGGAGCAGGUGCCUUAAAGAUUAGUAGGAGGCCAAAUGCAAUAAGCAGAGAGGAGGUAUCCAUGGCAACCCUGGAAGCGGGAACCACCCCAACAGCGGCCACUAACCGGCACCCUCACAUUGUACAGAUGUGUGUACCUAAGAGAAUACUAACCUGAGAAAAUACUUACAAAACCUGCACCAGGCAGGGAAGGAGGAGAAGCAGCAAGAAUCCACAAUGAUUCGCAAGAAGGCAAAAUUUGAUCCGCUACGAUCAGCAAGCAAAGCUACAAUGCAAAGCAACACUAGCAAAAGGGCACACAAGGAGCCCUGCAAUUCCCCGUAGGUCACAUACUGAAGUGGGAGAAGACGUACCGCUGACCAACUCGCUUGAGUUUAACUUUGCCUAAAUGAUAUUUAGCCACGUGUAUUUCCUUGUGUCACAGUUCUCCUUUAUAGAAGGCAUUGGCAAUUCCAUGGGAAGUGAAAGUCUUGUAAAAUCUGAAGCAUUUGUUAUAUGAAACCAAUCUGUAAAUUUCCACCAGAGUAGCUCUAGGGAGUGUCAAAGAACAAUAAAUCACUUUUUUGGGGUGGGAAGGGUAAGGGGGGUCACACUGUAUUUUGGGAAAUUUAUUGGAAUGUCGUUUGAUGAGGAAAUCAUUCAUUGAUGGAAAAUUGCAUUGUAUCUGUUCUCUUUUGGUAGAAACAUUAAUGGUUUUCUGAACACUGGCAAAGGUGGCACAAUAUAUCUUGGGAUUGUGGAUAAUGGUAGCAUCAAGGGGUUAAACUUGACACUUUACCAGGUAAAAUAUUGACUUACAUAUUGGACAAGGUAUUACAGGUCAAAAUUAUAUUCAGGUUAAAAUAAACUAGAUUGAAUCUCAAUUUCCUUUUUCCCCUAGCCCUAAUUCAUGGAUAGUUAGGUCUAGGAGACCAAGGAAAUUGAGAAUACAGUGUAAAUGUAGGGUAAAAAAAAUCUGUCUGAAUUAUUUAAUUUUGACCUGUGACAUAGACAAUGUAUAUCAUGCCAUCAUCAUCAGAUCCCCUUCCCCAUGUGAGGGGAUUCAGGAAGGAAAUGUCAUAUUCAUCAAUCCUUCUCCAACAGUCUCUGUUGAGGGGAACAAUGAAAGCCUUAUAUAUCCCAGAACCCUAGUCAAAACUACAUUGUACUUUAAAUUUGGCUCUUUCUCAUGUCAUGCCAAUCUGAUGGUUAUAUUGAUGGUAGUGGUAUGUGGAAAAGCUUCUUUCUUUAUUCAUGACACAAGUCAUGUCCUUUUUGACCACUCCACUGCCGUGCCGCACCACUACCUCCUUUUCAUGUGCAGGCUCGUGAGGCCCUCUUAGGGUGGGAAGAGGGUACGUAUGACCCUUGUGUAAAUUUUAAAUGCGGUAGUUUCACAAUUUUGAGUGGAAGGCCAUGUUCCUGUUAGGUAUUUAACCCAUCUUGUGUAUGUCAGUGGUCACCAAUUUUUUCGUCUACUCUCAUGUCACUUUAAAGGGUGUACCUUUUUACCAUGUGCAUUUACUGUACAAAAAAAUAUUGAUUUCUAAACAAAUACUUGUUCUGUCCUUGCUUGUCUUUAUUCAGAAGGAUCAUGUGAUUAUUGCAGUCAAGGAUGCACUAAGCAGAUACACACCUCCAGUUCCAGAAGAAUAUUACAAAGUACAUACAUGUAACACAUUCAGAUGUAGUCAAUUAUUAAUUACUAUACUACAGUACAUACAGUGUGUAUUAUCUUACUAUUAUACUACAUAUGUACAGUACAUGAUACUGAUUAUACUACAAUUACAGUAGAUAUUUUGCUGCUGUCAUUGUUGUAAUUGCUAAAGCUCGCUAAUGUCAAUCAAUCACCCCAAAAAAGUGACAAAUCAGGAUCUGGUUUAGGGCUAGCACUCCAUGAAGGCUUUUGAUUCUUUUCACGGAGGUAAAUUAAUGUUGUCAAUGCAGCUGGUCAAAACAAUUAAUUAUUAUUAACUCUUAUUUGCUCUCUGGUUCAAAUCAAGGUAGAAAUCGUACCAGUCAUAAGGAAGGAGGAAGUGGGUAAUGUUGAGACAGCACUUCGGCUCCAACAUGACAGGUCAGUUUCUUGCAUCUGAGUUUGUUUUAAUCAAUUUUGAUUUGGACACAUCUCGAUACAAUGAAAGAAAACAUUAUGAUUUAACCCAUUCGCUCCUGGGGAUUUUGCCGAAAAACGCGUUUUGAAGCUAGUCGAGUGGUUUUCUGGUCACUGUCGUGCUAUAAAGAGCUAAAACUUACCACAAACCGGUUUACAGGUCGUACACUUGGCGGCCUUCUGAUCCAGAUGCAAAAUAUCAGCUUGCGAAGUUCGGGCAUGCGCAGAAAGCAAAAUUUCGACAUAGUUUUUGGGUUUAAAAGUGACACAGCAGUCUUGACUUUUACUUUUCGCUUUCUCUCUUCCCUUCUUUUUUCGCUUUUCUUGCCUCAUUUUUUUUUCCUCUUGCUGGGCAUUUAGUAGGCUUCAUUUUGGUGGGAAGAGUUUUUAGGAAAGCUUUUAGGAUCUUAGGAUUAGGUGAAAGGAAAGGUAGGUGGGUAAUGGAACAAGAUUUUCAUGGAGAUUUUCAGGUCCUUGUCACGUGGUUUUUUGCUUCUUUCUCCGGUGUCCUUGACUGAAUUGUGCUCAUUCUGGUAUGGUUUGAAAGAUCUCUUCACUCUGCACAAGUUAGCGAAGAAAGUUGUCCUUGACCGUUAAAACUGAUGACGUCACAAAGGGUAGAAAGGACCUGGAUCCGCACGGGCGGUUACGGGCGGUUCAGGGGCGAAUGGGUUAAUCAGGAUAAGAUAGUCUCCCAAGGUUUUCCUAGUUGCUACAUCGUAUUGUAAAAAGCUGUUGAUCCUGACUAAAGAUAAUAAAAAAAUGUAUGACGCUUAAUAUUAUUUUUUUAUUUAGAAGUACAUUAAUAUUAUAGCAAUGAAGGCUGCUAGCAUUGGUGAUAUUACUAAAAGCACAUCAUCAUACACUGUAAACCAUGUGCAUGAUUGUAAAGUCCCAUUUAUUUCCCCCAUCGCAGAAUUACAUGUACAUAUAUUUACUUGAUUAAAUUGAAAGCUACCUCGGAUUUUAAUACACUAACACUACAGUAAAUUUUCACCUUUUGUGAUGUAUGUAUGUAUGUGCAACAACUGUUAUUCCUUUUUUUAGUACCCACCUUAUGGAGUCUUUAACAAUGAGUGUUUGGAAUCACAUGUAUGUUUUCAUAGUACAAUUAAAAAGGCACAAAAUUAUAAAUGUUUAGAGAGACACUUUUGAACUUCCCUUUUCUGUUUUUUGAUUUUACUGUACAAAACGCACCAAUUACUGAUUACGAGUCUUCAUAGCCCAUAACAUCACAGCUCAACUGACAGACGACCAAUAACAUCGCAACGUAAUUGACCGAUCAAUAACCAGAGUACAACUAGUAAUAGUUGACACUAGAGCUGCCCCCGCUCUGUAUAUAGUAUUCUUGCUCCUUGUGUAGCUCUUUGAAAUAUGCCGAUUUAUGAAGAUGUUCACACAUAUUCCAUACAAUAGGUGAGAUAAAUACAGGAAAUAAACGCAAGGUUCCAUGCACAGUUUCGGUUCGAUUUACACAGCUUUGAUCAAAACAUAAUCAUUCUCAGUUUCAAGAAUAGUUUAUUCUAAACCAUAAGAAAAGAUUUAGUUAGAAGUUUUAUUUUUCACUAUUUCUAUUUCACUUUUUACAUUUAGUUCAUUUCAUUUGCCGGAAAGUAAGCCUUAGAAAUUGAAAGGACGUUUGAUCAAUUCACGCUUGCGCAUUCUAGUCUUAUUUUAAACUUUAUAGCGGAAGGACAUCUGUGAGCAGGGAAUAAGUCAGCACAGAAUUUGAUGGUCGGCAAAUUUCUGUAAUCGUCCAUCGUUCUGCUAGUGAUAAGCUAGCCGUUGAAUCAUUCACUCUUCUUAACUUGCUUGUUUGGGGCCGAGUCUUAUUCCGGUCAAAGAAAGAGAAAGAGUGUCUGGCAAGGUUUCCAAUCUUAGUGUUAAAAUAUACACUGUUCUACGCACGUUACAACUUCAUCUGCGCUUAACGAGUGUCUUUUGGUCCAUAACUUUCAUAACAACUGCUCCACAGAAUGUCACUGAUAACACGUAACGCAAAAAGUAUCGAAGUGUGACUGCACAAUUAAUGUCACAAAAUCUAUCAAUUGUAAGCUAUUCCUUUGGGAUUUUUUGUGUUUAUGUCAUCCUAACCAUGUCAUACUUGUGGGCGCAAACAGUAGAAACAACAUCAUUACCUACCGAUUCCUCCCGGCCCCUGUUCAAGCAAAUCGAGAUUUUUCUAUAUUGACUGUAUGACUGUAUAUUUCAACUGUAAGUACUUCCUUAAUAUACGCGCGAGUUACUAGGGUGCCUCUUUGGGAUUUCGCCUUCUGGGCGAAAUCCCUGCAGGGGCAAUAACAUCAACUGGCGUGAUACAACUCACUUUGACUCUGAAGAUGACUACUGCACAGGUUGUUGAAAUGUCAGUCACUGUCAUCAACAAUAGUCCUAUUCAGGACCUACGUUCCCCUGGACGAUCAAACUCCACCUACUGAAAUUGUACAUGUAAUGUCUAUUUUUUUGUGUGUAGAGAUGAUGAGGAGACUACAAAUCGACACAGACCUCACGUUCUUCGAACAUCAGAAUACUGUUGGUGUGACCGAGAAGCUAUAGAUGCCUUCAAUGAAGUGAGUGAACUGACCUGUAACUUGAAACUUGAAGCAUCCAAAGUCUGUUUCACUCUGAACUAGUGAUAUAACAGUCUGCUAACAUGCAAUGAAUCUGUGCAUUUCAUUUAGGCUGGAACUGUGUAUACAUGCAGUUAACAGUCUUCCACUCCAAAGUGAGUCUGGUCAAAUAGAAACUUAAUUUCCCCAUCAGUCUCUUGGGUUGCCUUUCACUUUUUAAAACUUUCAGAAGCCUGUGAUCUUAAAAGUGAAAAGUGGCUAAUUAAUACACUUGUACAUGUAAUAUAAUUAUUACUGGGAAGGAUUUUCUGAAAGUGUCAUUAUGUGAACUUAUCAUUAUAAUUUGCUUUUUACUAUAAGAGCAGAUUGAGCAUAAACACUAGCUACUUUGGCAGCAUAGUUUCAAUUUUCUGCUGACAUUUUCAUAAACCAUUAGCCUCAAAAAAAAUAGCCUGAGAAAAUGGCCAACAAGUUGUGACACCACUGCUCACUGGUCACCUGCGAAAUGACAUCUGACAAACAAGUGCAGAAAUGCCACACUGAUGACGUAUUACUAACUAGAUCUGAGUAAAAGCUUCGGAUUGGGUGAAGCAAAUUUCUCUUGCACAUGGCAUGACCAAUCUAAAGCACUACCUAGAACCCAGUUCUACUCAGUGUGACAUCAGUGUGAAACUUCAAUCUGCACUCGUUCAUGUCAUUUCAAGGGGAAACCAGACUCAAGUAGAUAGGAAACCAGUUUUCUUAGGCUACAAAAUAAUCACCUUUUUUUAAUUUUCUCCAGAUUAUUUAUCUUUUUAAAAGCAAACUUACACAAUUUGGACAUCUUUUAGGGUUUGCCCGCACCCCUUUAUGUUGUGGAAAUUACAGUGUUUCCAUGGAAACCAAAAGUGAAAACAGAGAAAGGUCAACACUGCCCAAAUCUUCACCCAGUGUAUGAGGAUGAAGAAGGGAAAUGUUAUUUUAGACGACAAGCAAGUUUAGUGCAGGUAAAUAUUUGGCUGAUCUCUUAUUUUUAAUUUAUAAUUAUUUUGAUAUAAGCAAAAAAAAAAUAACAAUAAUAAUAAAUUACUCAAGCAUCUCUCUCAUAUUGGUUCGAGGCCUUUGCCUCAAACUUCUUUCAGGAAUGCUGGCUCUUAAUAAACAUUUCUAAAAGGCUAAAGAAUUCAGCCAUAAGCUACAUCUACGUGUAGCCAUAAACCUUUUUUGUGAUUAACAUCUUUGUUAAUGGACUAAAUAUAACAUUGUGCACUUUUUAUCUUCAUUUUUCAGUAUUCAGUGCAAGAAGUAGUGGAACUUACAAAGCAAGAAGUUCACAACCAUUUUAAACCGUUAUUUUCAAGGUAAAAUAUGAAUGUAAAUCUAGCAUUUUGUUGAUUGGGCAUAAAAAUUAGUAAUAAUAAAUUAUUAUCAAAUACAUAAUAGAUGCAUACAGUGUUUAAGCUGCCACAAGAAUUGACUCAUAAGUUUGAAACACACAUUUGCAUGUACAGUGUACUGGCACACUGUAAAAUCAAUCUUUUUUCACUGAUUUCAUACUAUAAAAUUGUAAAUGCUGAUUGCUUUCACUAGUUACUUUGUAUGUUUCUUUCUUCAUUUUUAGCAUCAAAGAAGAGAUGAAGAUGAUUAAAGAACACUAUUUCUCUCUGUACAAUCACAUAGAAGGCAGUUAACAUAAAGUUUCAUUUUAGUUUAGUUAUUAUAACAGCUUUGCAGUUGGUAUAAUAAUUAUUAUUGUACAUAGUAUUUUUCAGAGUUAUAUCCAUGCAGGAUACAGUUGCACUCAGUCCCUAAUGAACAAGCAUGUUAGGUGCGACUAUGCCUGCUUGCAUUUUGGCUCAUUCUCUCUUCAGUAUUGCUAGGCCUUGACCUGACUGAUAGUAAAGGGACUGCUCACAGUGCAGUAUGAACACACCUGUAUAGUUUUGAUGUAUUUAAAAUUAAGGUGGAGCACCAAGAUUACUGGUAAAGCCAUUUUUGAUAAGGCCCUC